GCCGCUCCCUGUCCGCAGCCCCCAGCGGCACCUCUGUCCCCCCGCAGCAGCGGCGGGGGCGGGGGGAGCCGGCUGCCGCGCCUGAUUGGGCGGCUCCCCGCGCAGGCGCCGGGGGAGGGAAGCCAGGCUGGGGGCUUCGCCCGGGAAACGGGAGUGUUUACAGCCGCCUGCCCGGAGCGGCCCCGCAACGGCCAGGGCCCUGCUGCCGCCACCGCCGCCAUGCCCGUGCGCUUCAAGGGAUUGAGUGAAUAUACGAGGAACUUCAAAUGGAAAAAAUCAGAUCUGUCAGAGUUUUGUAACCCUGCAGGAGAGCAAAAAUCCUCAAGGGCUGGACUUCGAUCUGAUCAACUUGGAAUCACAAGAGAGCCAAACUUCAUUUCCAAGAGAAGGGUGCCUUACUUCAACCCACAGAUUUCAAAGUCCUUUGAAUGGAGAGGGGACAGCGAUUUGGAGGGAUAUUUGGAUGACGCACCAGAAGUUGAAGGCACUGGGCCUGCAGAGUCACACACAGAUAACCACAGUAAUGAUAGAAAUCUGGAAAACAUUGAAACACCUGAUGCACCCAGGCUUCCUAAAAAAAUUCGGUCCCACUCUGCAGAUUCUAGAAUUGAAUCAGCCAUCACCCUUGCAGAAAACAGUAGGAAGAAGUUGUCACCCCCAACUCCAGUGAACCAAAAAGCAGUAUUUGUACCUCCAAAAAAGCAGUUAGAAAAAAUGGAUAAUGGGUUUCACAGAGUCCUGCAAAAGAAAUCAGGCAUGAAUAUUUCACCUUCAAAUAGUUUCCCCAGAAAUUCUGAAUAUCAAAGGCAGUUUAUAUGGAAAACCCCCCCAAAAAACUCUCCAAUGCUUGCAGCUGACCAGGUUAUUCACAAUACAAGUAAAUCCAUUCCCCCAUUUAAGUCUUCCGCAAUUAUCCCUGAAACUGAAUAUGAGAGAAGUUUCAAAGUUUCUCCUCCAGCGAUGGUACCAAAACUGAGGUGUGAUUUGGAAGAGAGAGAAUUUCCUGUAUGUGCACCAGUAAAUAUCUCACCGGAAAGAAAGAAUGAAAGGAAAGAAACAUUCCUAAAGCCAGCGGGAGAUUCACCAGAACAAGGGAAAUCAGAAACAGAACAGAAACCACCCAAACAAAAAAAUAAGCAACAUAUUACUCAAAAACCCCUCUCUUUACAUACAAGUCUUGGGAAGGUGAACACUGAAUAUAGAUCAAAAUUUUUGUCCCCAGCUCAAUAUUUAUACAAAGAUGGAGCUUGGUCACGUAUCAGGAGAAACAUACCAGAUCAAGAUUCUCAAAACACCCUAAAUUACAUGUGGUAUAUGGAGGUGAAAGAACUUCGAGAGAAAGCAGAGGCAUACAGGCAACAAGUACAGGGAACCCACUUCUCUCGGUAUCAUCUGAAUCAGAUUCUUUCAGAUAACAACAGACUUUGGGACGUGUCCUCAAAUUCCAGUUCCGAAGAAACCAUUAGCAACACCAUCAGAGCUCUAGAUCUAGCUGGAGCUCCUGAGAAACAGAUAUCUGCAAGCCAAAACAUACUGCAGCAACCUGACUCAAUAGAACAGUCCCAACAGAACAAUACAGAGAAGUUAGGCAUGUCAGAUGCCUCCACUGUACCAGUCAGAAGACGUCUAGCUUGGGGUGAACAAGACAGUACUGAACAAGUGGAAAAUCAGCCACCAGGAUUAGAGGAAGAUGAAGAAAAAGAAAAUAAACAGGAGUCAGCAAAGGCUCAGAAAUUGGAAGAAAAUGAUAAGAAUCCUUUUGUGGACAACAGAAUAAAAGGAGAAAAUGCCUCACUACUGAAACCUUCAGCAGAUAGGUCAGAUUCUUCUUCAGUAUCAUCAGGAAAACGUGGCAGGCUUUCUACUCCAAAGUUGAAAACACUUGGUGGAGCCCAAAGAACUCAUCAUGAUCUUACCACGCCAGCUGUCGGAGGUGCAGUUUUAGUGUCGCCAUCUAAAAUGAAGUCUUCAUCCCCACAGCAGAGAAAGAAAAAGUCUUUAGAAACACACUAUUCUUCAUCCAAACAAGCCUCAGGAGAAAGAAAAUCCAGAGGGUUUGAAGGGGAAGCAGAAGCUGUAUCACUACUUGCCUCCCCAGCUGCUGGAUUGAAAACUUUAGAUCCUUUGCCUCUGAGGAAGGAUUCGUGGCCCACUAUCAAUGUUUCUGAUGAAAGCGCUUCUCCCACUUCAGCACAUCCAACUACAGCUCCUGUGCAGAAAUCAGUCAAAAGUGCUACUACCCCCUACUGGAGUCCAUGCUGUCGCAUUCAAGGGACUCUCAGGGAUCCAGAGUUCCAGCAUAAUGGGAACAUUGCGAGUCCAAAGAUAAGCCAUUUCCAGUUACCGCUGCAAGAAAGAAACUAUAAUGAUGAAGAUGACAGAUUGUCCCAGAUCUCUGCUCGCUCUGCAGCCUCUAGCUCACUAGCAUCUCAGAUUCUGGAACGAGCUCAGAAGAGGAAAGAGAAUUUUUGGGGCAAGUCGUAGUGUGUUCCACCAGGGAGUCACUGUUUUGUACAAUGAUGUAUUUUUAUUGAACAGUUGUGUACUUUUGAUUUUUGGGAAAUUUUGUAUUUUUGGCCUUUCAUAUACUGGUAAGAUGGCCUGACCCUGUGCGAUGUCAAGCAUUUGACACGUCUGUUGAAAGAGAUGGGAGCUAUGGGUAGACAGUAUCUACUAUUUUACAAUAGCCUUCUUUUAAUCUUUCAGUUAUGGCAUCUCUUGAAAUUGACCGUAAUUAUUUGUAUACAACGUGUAUAUAAUUUCUAAAGAUGUUUUACUACAAGAAUAUAGUACACCAAGAACAGUAUUCUGGGACGAUACCAUCAUUCACCUAAUACUGUACCUCAGACAUUUGAUUUCAAGCAUGGCUGAGUUAGGAGACUCAUAACAUAGUAACUAUGUUAGGUGUUUGUUCAUAAUCCUGUAUGAAUUCUGAAUAUGUACAGAACUGUGUUGUCUCGAAGUCAUUUAGCAGUAUCUGACCUUACUACCCAAAACCCCACAUUUAAUAUUUCAACAAAUGUGAUGUGAUAUAUGCAACAAGUGUUGAGGUUUUGGUUAGGACUCCAGGAUUGUUCUAGUUAAAAAUAAACAAUUAAAAAAAACCCACACACUUGUUUCUUGCCUAGAAGACUUUGACAGCUUACUGUAUGGGAUCACUGUUAGCCGUGUCUGGAGUAUCCAUAUGGAUGGUUGUACUGUUCUCAAGACCAGCUUCUAAUGUUGGUUUUAGAUAGAAGGGGGUAACCUUCAUUUCAAACACAGGUAUUUAAUUACCCUCUCGUAUUCCUCAAUUACCUCUUCAUACUCCUCUUCUAAUUGUCUGUUUCUGGGUGAGUGAACUACUGUAAUGAUGGUCACAGCUAAAAUUGAUUGUGAUUUGUGCUGAUGGCCUAUUUUUUUCUUUUUAAUUGACAAAAGCAAGUUACAUGAAGGUGAAAAUAAUUGCUUAGCCAUUUAAAAAAAUGAAGUUAAUGUUUGCUGUUUUUAAAUAUAUUUGUACAAUGAAGAAUUUGAAUUUUGUAUACAUUUAAAAAUAAUAAAAAGAAAAAUCAAGUUU